AUGUCGUCCGGUCCGCGCGUCGCCGGACGCCCCGUCGAGGACCCCGACGUCGCGAGCGUCGUGUGCGACGCGGAGAUGAUCGAGGGCGCGCUCGAGACCUUGGCGGUGUUGAUCGUGAGUCAGCUCAAGGAUUUUUCAGUCUUCGUGCCCGUGGCGACGGGCGCGAUGACGUUCGCGAGCGAUCUCACGCGACAGUGUUACGUCACGCAAAGGGUCGUGCGUGACGACGUGGUGCGGACGUACGCGCGGCCGGUGAUCGCGUGCGCGACGUGCGCGUCGUACGGGGACGGAACCUCGAGCGAGGGCGCGAAGGUUGACGUGCGCGCGCCGGGAGCGGAGGUCGUUCGAGGACGGAAAGUGGUGAUCUUGGAGGAUAUCAUCGAUAGUGGACGAACGGCGAUGGCGCUGGCGAAGGUGCUGUACGAACAGGGAGCGGAGGAGGUGGCGUUGAUCGCGUUGAUGGAUAAACGCGAACGACGCGAUCCAGAGGCGACGAAGUACUUUGAGGAGAAGAACAUGAAGAUCGCGUGCGCGUUUUUGUGUCCGGACGAAUUCGUCGUGGGCUACGGGUUAGAUUACCAAGGGAAGUAUCGAGAUUUACCGUUCGUUGGGAUCUUGAAGCCGGAGAUCUUCGCGGGAGAGGGUGGCGAAAAAUAG